AUACUGCUAGACCAAAGCCCUUCGAAUUACUCAAGUCGUCUUAAUAAUAACACACUGUCAUUUUACAGUAACAGGGUGCAUCCACAUAUCUCGCAUAUCAACCCUAAUCACCAAUAGCCCCUGCUGCUCGCCCAAACGGAGAUAACACCACCCGCCAACAAACCCCUGAAACAAUUUCUCGGAGCAUUUAGAGCUUUAUACUUUGGUCUUUCUUCCGUCGCUCUCUGGCUCGGUGCUCUUCCUCUACAUCUGAGCACCUGCAGUAAACUCGAUGGUUGCACUUGCGGAGUGAAUUUCAAGCUCUAUCAGUCAGCCUCUUUUUUUUUUGUUGUCAGGAUGCUUAUGUUGAGCUGCUACUACGCUACACCAAAUUUAAUUGGGAGAUUGCCAUUCAUUGAAUUCCCAAAGAAAGCUAGCAACUUUGUGGUAUGUGCAGCGAAAGGUCCUCGGCCAAGAUAUCCACGAGUUUGGAAAACAAGACCCAAAAUCGGAACUGUUUCUAAAUCGUUAAAACUUGUCGAAUGUAUAAAGGGAUUAUCAAAUGUCAAAGAGGAAGUCUAUGGGGCUCUUGAUUCUUUCAUUGCAUGGGAUCUGGAAUUUCCUUUGAUUACCGUAAAAAAAGCAUUAAAAGCACUAGAAUAUGAGAAGGAAUGGAAAAGGAUAAUACAAGUGACCAAGUGGAUGCUAAGCAAAGGCCAAGGAAGGACAAUGGGGAGCUAUUAUUUAUUGUUAUAUGCAUUGGCGGAGGAUGGAAGAAUCGAUGAAGCCGAAGAAUUAUGGUCGAAGUUAUUCUCUGAUAACUUAGAAAGUAUGCCUCGAAUGUUCUUUGAUAGAAUGAUUACCAUUUAUUACCAGAGGCAAAUGCAUGACAAGAUGUUUGAGGUUUUUGCUGAUAUGGAAGAACUUGGUAUCCGACCUACUGUUUCAAUCGUUAACAUGGUUGGAGAUGUAUUUCAAAAGUUAGGAAUGUUGGACAAGUACCAAAAGUUGUUGAAGAAAUACCCUCCACCUAAAUGGGAGUAUAGAUACAUAAAAGGGAAACGUGUUAAAAUCCGAUCACAGAAUCUAAAACAACCUGAAAAUGAUAACAAAGAGGUCAUUGAGGUUAGCAAUGAAGCAAAUGACGAGGAAUCCAGCUCAGAUCAAUAUGAAGUGGAUGAAAAUGAUCUUCUAUAGCUGGAUGAACAUGGUGAAUAAUUUUCCUUUGGUACAAUGAUAGCUGGAAAUAUAUGAGGUGAUUAGGACUUCCUUGUUAAUUUUCUGUAAUCCUUAUUGUACUCUAUGUCAGUUGGAAUACGAGUAUAAUACAUGAAAUUAUUAACGGAGUAUUAGUAUACCAGAUCAAUUACAUGUGUAAAUGAUAAUGAUAAGUAUGGUGUCCAAAUUUGAGUAUAAAUCGUUUUGAUUUUUGCA